AUGCAAUCAGACCACAAUUCCAUGGAAUUCACAGUGACUUUUUGUGAGAAUUGUGAUGGAGGUACUCAAGAAGAAUCCACAGCAAUCAGUGCCAUCCAACAAGUGUUUCCCGAUGCAUCUAUUAAAUCCGUGUGCCUUGAUGAGUAUCCCAUCUUUGUGAAAAUUGAAGUAAAACGAAAGAAUGAAUCGCCAAAAACAAUUUUUCAAUCGCAUCAACGAAAUCUAUUUCGUAAAUAUCCUGAUCUGAGAGAGGAAUCUAUCAAGAAAAUCGUGAAAGCUUGUCAGGAAUUAAAGGAAUAA